AUGAAUGAUGAUCUAUGUCAAAAAUUUGAUCUUUUGAGGAUGCAUUUACCCGAUGAAUUAACCGAAACCGCAAAACGCAAUUUCGAUGAUGAUUCGGAUUUCAAAAAGUACUGCCCUAAUGGUGACUGCAAUACUGAUCUCGAAAAGUUUUCGAUUGGAUUUUUAUGGUUACUUGAACAAUGGUAUUCUGCAAUCAUAAGUAAAAAUUAUAAUGAAGAUAAUACUAAUGCAUUUUUUCUACAUAUGAUUUCAUGGUUUAGUUACAAAUUAAAGCAAAAAUCAUAUUACACAACCACCUCAUUAAACGAUUUUUAUAAUGAACAUAUAAAAAAUAAUGAUAAAUAUAGUAAAUUUAUAAGUGAUUCUGGUAGAUAUACAAAUUUUAAUGAAUUCAUAGAGAAACAAAAAGAUUUGUUUAAUAUUAAUAUUGAAGAUCUGUCUAAAUUUUAUGAUGCAUCCAAAUUAAUAUGUAGUAUGUAUGGUAAUGUUGCAACAAAUACAAAUGGCACCACCCUGUCAAAUAAUGCUACUAGUUUUGUUAAAAAAUAUACAGAGCUCAAAGGUGGCAAUAAUAUUGAAGAUACCGCACGUAGUAAAAUAUUUUCUGUUUUAUCAACUGAUUAUAAUAAUUUAAAAAAUAAAUGUAGCGAUAUUCCAUCUCUUCCAGAGAUAAAAACGACAAAGAUUUCUGUACAAAAUUCUGUAAAAAGUCCUGUGCAAAAUUCUGAACAAACCUCUGCACAAAUAUCUGAAUAUACAUCAUCAAGUUCGUCGAUAAAAAGCAAAUUAAUUCCAUUUUUAUCGAUAUUUGGUGCAAUAGCAUUUUUUUUAGGAAUCUCAUAUAAGUAUUCGUUAUUUGGAUUUCGGAAACGAGCUCAAAAACAAUAUUUAAGAGAAAAAAUAAAAAACAUAAAGAAGAGAAUGAAUCAUUAA